CGGCGCUGCUUGUGUCAAGCGAAGUCCAGCUGCAGCACAGCACCGUAGACGCGUGUCCUGCUGUGCUACAUCCUGACUACACGACAGCUGCUGCUGCUGCUGCGGCGGCGAUGGCAGUACUGCAGCAAAGUGGGUGGCCAGUGGGUGGGUAGAGACCAACAGCUGGAGGUCAAUAUGUUACGUGUGUGCGCUCGACGACUCACAACAACACACACACGCAAACACAUAAAUGUAUGCAUACUCACAUGCACGCACAAAUCACACACUCACACACACACACGCACACAUACACAUGACCACUCGGGGAUAACGGUGUCAGGUGGCGCCAUCUGUACAAGAUGCUUCGCCACGACUGCGCAAGAGGAACAAGCUCUGCGUUCUUGCUGCUGCUGCUGCUAACUGGACGGACAGCUGCAGCAAAGCAGUUGCUUGUAAACCAGUUGCUACAGUCGGCACCCGCGCCAGCCUCACUCACUCCCUCCCUCACUCACACACUCACACACUCCAAAGCAUCCUUUCGCCGUGCCGCCUUGCCCCCGAGAUUUUGUGGAACUGCCGUGCAGCACGCAGCUUACAACCUCGCCAAAGCGCGAGGAAGUUUAAGAGAGAGCGAGUCUGCUGCUGCUGCUGCUGCUGCAGUGUAGUGGUGGUGGUAGUGGUGGUAGUCAUGGUGGUGGUGGCGAGCCCCAAGACUGAUCGUAGCGCCGUGUGCAGUAGUGGCAGGCGUCCGCCGCUGGUUCUCUCUCUCUCGUGUGUCUCCCUCCCUCACUCACUCACACGCACGCGUGCCAAGCUGCUGUGGCGAGCCUCGCUUUUUGGCCUCUUUUCUGCUCGCACCAUCUUCUGAAAGUGUGUGUUUCGCCUUGGUGGAGUGACCACUUCGCAUCUUGGAUUUAGCAGUUCGUUGGUGCAUGUGAGGCAGGCAUGCUUGCCUGUUCGUACGGAGAUCUUACAGUAGUUACCGCUACCACCGCAUCUACCGAUGUCGCCGUUACUUCCACUCUACUCGUGUUAUCCUUGAAUAUACAAGUGUCCGGUGUCACGAGGUCGACAGGUGUUACUACCAUUCCUACUACCGAAUCUACAGGUGUUGCCAUUCCCGCUACAGGUGUUGCCGCGGAGUUGACGCGCGUCGCCAUUGUCUACAGGUGGCGCCAUCCGCGCUCCUUCGCCAGGUGUCGCUUGAGAAUACCGGCGUCAGCAGUUUCAUCGCCCUUCCCCCCCUACCCCCACGUGUCAGUGGUUGUUGUGGACACGGAUGGUGGUGGUGGUGACGACUGUGGGCGCUGGGCCCGAGUGCGGCAAGCGGCGGGCGGCAGCGGCAACGACAGCAGCAGCAGCGGCGGUGGUCGUCGUCGCGGCGGAAUUGGUGGAUGUGGAUGUACAGGAGCAGGAAGUGGUGGUGGUGGUGGCGGCGGCGGCGGGUACACCAUGAGGGGGCGCGAGGGGUCAGGGGCACCCGGUGACCCCGGGACGUGCGGUGGUCGCUGCUGUCGCUGCCCCAGCGCGGCGCGCGCCGCGGCCUCCAUCCUCCGUCGCUGGAAGCCGACGAUCUUUGGCUAUGCCAUGCUGGCCUCCCUUCUUGCCGCCCAAUUCUUGCCCCCCGUGUGGGCCUCUACCCGCCCCCGGCCCCCGGCAGGGGGGGCGCACCUGCGGACAUCCACCGCGUCUUGGGAUGGAGGGGGCAAUGGCGACGCAGGGGGCAGUACUGCACGGACAAGCCGCAGCAGCGGCAUCACUAGCACCAUCGCCAGCAACAGCGACGUUGGUAGCAACGUCAGCAGCAAGGACUACAGCAACAACAAGAACAACAAAAGACACAGUGUUGCCAAGGGAGAUAACCGAGAAGCCAGCAAACGGACUACCGGUCUCUCAUUAUCAUCGUCGUCAUCAUCAUUAUUAUCAUCGUCGUCGUCUACGUCGUCACCUUCAUCUUCGUCGUUAUUGUCAUCACCAUCUUCAUCCUCGCCGUCCUCGUCGUCUCCUUCUUCACUGUCGUCGUCCUCGUCGUCGUCGCCCCCGCCGCCUCCGCGGUGGCACCCCGAAUGCGAAGGGUGGGCGGCGCAAGUGCGGAGGUUCGAGCGGAAGAGAUCGGUUAGUGUCAACCAUCUGCACCGCCAGCGACACCCUCCCGCUCAUCAGCCUCACCCUCUCCCCUCCCCGUCCCUCUCCACGGCCUACACCUUUCCCUCGCCAUCGCUGUUGGCGUCCUUGCCGACGGGGUCGUCGUCAUCGUCCGACGCCAGCAACAGAGGUCUUCCACAACCGCCGCUGCAACUGGUGCUGCGUCCAGCUGAGCAAAUGCAACAACAGCAGCAACAACAGCAACUACAGCAACAACAACAACAACAGCAUCAAGAGCCCACAUACGGGUCGUCGGCUUAUCUGCCAUCUCGUUACCAGCGUUAUCGAGCGUCACAGGAGCACAAGGGGGACACACCGCUGCCGCCACCACCACGACGACAAAGCCAGGUCGCUAGCGGUGGUGGUUUCAAUGGUGAUGGUGUCAUCAGCGGAGGAGGAGACACCGCCAGCAGCGGGAGCGGGGUUGGAGGGAGCCUGGAGGUCGGUGGGGGGCUGGAGCAGGGCAGCAAGGGGAAACUAUCCGAGCAGAAAAAAGUCCCUGGCCUACGGCAAGGCUCCUGCAAACCCUUCAACAUCACCGACCUCCUCCUCUUGUCCACCACCCCAACCUCCUCCUCAACAUCCUCCGAUUACGACAAUGGAGGCAGCGGCCAGUGCUACCCGCUCAACACCUGGCUGGUGGACCAGGUGUGCAGCUGUCACUCGGCGCACCGUUUGGAGGCGCUGAUGUCGGCUCGCCUCAACUUCUGCUCCAUCCUCCCUGCCUUCUCGUGUGCUUCCACCAGCCCCCAGGCCCCGCCCCUGGCAGGGGCAGCCCCGCCGUGCACCCCGCUGCGCAACGUCACAGGACAGGAGGGUGCGGGGUGCACGUGCCCCAUUCUGACCUCGGAGGCUUCGUGCAAGGACUACCUCCGGACUCUCGUGGACCUGGACCGCGAGGCACAGCAGCGGUUUCAGGAUUUCAAGGAUAUUUUGAGGCGAUACGACUGCAACGCCACCUACUCGGUGAAAUGGACCUGUACUCAGUGUGAGCACGCCUACAAGGCCUGGCUGUGCGCCUCGUCCAUCGCUCACUUUGUGGAGGGUCGGCGGGUACCUCCCUGCAAGGCCUUCUGUCGUCAGGCGGAGAGCGUGUGUCCUUUCUUCCGACCCAGAAUCGACACGCACGCGGGGGAUCCUAGUUUUAUAUGCAAAGACCCGGGAAUACAGGCCAACGUGGGUGACGACGGCGUCGAGGACGAGAGUCGCUGCUUCCAGCUGUGCCACGUGGUCAAAUCGCAGGACAUCCACGACGCGUACUGCACGCGGCGACGCGACAGCGGACCGUGCCCCGACCUCCACCACAGAAUCGACGACUGCCCGAAGCUAGCGGUGGCCGGCACCCAGGACUCCACACUGCCCCCUGUCCCCGGGGUCAACGGUAGCAGCGGCGCGGACCACCACAACGUGACUUCCGCCGCCACCGGAAGUGACGCUGGCCGUCGCCUGGCGGCGUCAGCGGCGGCCGUGACAACCGUCUGGCUUCUGGUGAGAGAGCUGGUGGGGGCGAGGGUGGGAGGGAACGCAGGUCCUGGUGGAGGCUGUGGUAGCUGUGCUGUCGCCGUUCUGGUGGCUGGCUUUGACAUCGCUUCCAUACACGUGCAGAGGACUGACGUAGAGCACCGCCGGUGCUUAGGCUUGUUGCUAUGGUGAUUCUCAUGGUGGAGGCUAAGGCGGAGUCUUUCUCGAAGGGGGAUGGCGCUUUCCUUCAUCUGCGUGGUCAAGUGAUGGAGCAGAAAGAAGGAGCACGGCAUUUGUCUGGCCCGAUCACAAGAGACUGCUUCAAGAUGUCCGCGCAGUCCAGCACCCGUUCCACUCUCUGCCAACGUCUCCUGCACUUCCUGGUCUGGUGACCAGAUGGUGGCAGAGCCCAGUCCUGCAUACGGACAAGAUGAUGACCAUCAACCUACGAAUUUUCUUCUCUGAUGAAACGCCAUUGUUAAACAGUGGUGGGCAUGUCUUUAAAAAAAAGAGGAAAAAAUCUGCAGAAAAUACCAGGAUGUGACGUAGUAAGGACUCAACUGUGGCGAAAGCCGUUGAACUUUAUGCAUGUAGACGUCUGCCCCGGUCAGUGUGAUACGAUGCAUAUUUUAUUAACAUACCGAGUCCUUGACACAGAAAGAUACUGGAGUGUUUCCUCAGUGUGUGUGUGUAGGUGUGUGUGUGUGUGUUUGUGCGCGUGCGCUUUUAUUGUAGUUCUGUACUUAGCAUAGAUGUUCUCUCUCUCUCUCUCUUUCUUUCUACGGAUGCGUACAACUUCAAUUAUCCCACAGAUUCUGUGGUGAUGGAAACGUCAAAUCUCUAACCAGCCAUCAGUCUCACUCUAGUCCAAGCACUGAGAGUUUGAAGCUACGACGACGACGACGAUGAAGAUGAUGAUGUGUGCGUGCGUGCCUGCUUAAAACAAAGGACAAUACUUUCCAAUCACGGACAAAGUUUCUGUGCUGUUCUUUUACCGUUAGGGGAUUUGAAUUUGUUAAACUUUUCACAACAGAACAUUUUUUUUAGAUUGGAGUACGUUUUAGUUUAUUUAAAAUUCCACUGACUUCGUCUUUUUUUCUUUUUUUUUUUUUUUUUGAUUAUCCACCACACCUGUGAAUGCUACAUUUUUAUUGUUUUCAAUACUUCUCAUUAUUUUAGCUGGUGUUAGUUUGUUAGUCUCGUCUUUUCUCGUUUUUUGCGGGUUGUAUUGUCGGUUCCCCAACACCUAAUCAUAGAGGUGAAGGGUUCAGGAUGACCUACCUCUGAUCACAUACAUAGAUGUACGCAUUGCCCAUUGUUUAGAAACUUUUAGUUAGCUAAAACAAGCGCAAGAUGAGUUCAAAGGAGAGAAAGUCUUUUAGCAGCUGAGAAAAGUUUUAUUUUUUAAAUCUCCGUUUUAGCCCAUUAAACCCUUGAUGGACGGAUAGGCAGACUGACGUUCGCUCCAUCAGAAACGACAGCGAAGAAACAAGAUGCAGCUUGUCCAAUGUUAUUUUAACUCACAACGGAUUGCUUUUGACCCUGUAACAAGGAAGUGACGUAGAACAGUACCACUACGACGUCAUCAGUUUAACUGCGCGCCGUCAUGGCGGACGGGAAUGUCGUGUGUGUGUGUGUGGAGCCGGAUGCGCGUCAGAUGCGCACAAGACGUGUCGCUCAGCACCAGGAAGUCAGAAGGACAAGCCCUUAGAACCCAUGACAGUAAUCUUGCCCAACCUUCGUGUUCCUGGCCAUCACAGAGGGCGUCACACGAUUUGUACAACGCCAUCUUUAACGGUAAAGGGAUUCAAAUGAAAGGAGUUAAUCCAUUGAGGAUUUUUAAAUGAUUUGACCACCUAAGCUACAAUAGGUAAGAUGGCGCAGGUACAAUCUCAACAUUUCAGAAUGUAAUCAAAGUAGAAAACAGACAUUAUGUGUUCUGUGAAGAAUGAGGGUCGCGAGGUCAGAAAUGAGUGUGCAGAUCCUUCAUGAGCUGUGUUCAUCAGUCAGCCACCUGGACUUGCCAAGAACAUGAAGCAGAACACUGGGUCUACAUCAAGAGUAGCCGAGAGAGAGUGAUGAUGAUGAUGAGAAAAAUCGUCCAAAUUGUUUAAACUUGUUAAAUACCCAGUCACUAGAUUUCACUCCAUUUUCCAUAUCGCUUUGAUUACAUUUCUUUAUUUUUCAUCAGAUGAAGUUUUCAAUUCUUUUAAAGAAAUCUGUUUUAAUAUUAAUUUAACUGAGUAAUUGUUUUAUCUUCCUGUGUCAUGAUGGAAGGUGUGAGUGAAAUUAAUAUUCCUAGAAUUAUACGAGAAACUGUUUUAUUAAAAUGAGAAAUUCUUAUGUACAAUGUAGGAAGCUAGUGUAUGUUUAACAAAGAAUAACAGUUGAAUUUGUGGAAGAAAGGGUGUGAUUGUUGAGUGGAAAUGUCAGGUCUACGAGAGGCAACUGUGUCACGUGAUCUCACAAAGGCAAGUCCUCGACCUCUUCUCGGCUUUGCUGGACCUAAUUGUUUACUUGGAAAGUGAAAAUAUUUAGAGAUAAAAAUAUUUUAGUGUUCACAAUGGGUAUUUAAUUAAUAGGACAUUUUUUUCCGGAUGUACUGAUCACAACAUUUCAUGAAUAUUUGUAUUUGUGCUUCUGAAUGUCGAUGCGUAUGGUUGUUACCAUUGUGAUUGGAUAUUUUGGAAAAUUAUGUGAAUUAAUUUUUUUUACUAGUUAAUCAGAUAUAGUUUGUUAAAACAAAAGUGUGUUUAUGAAAAAAUUCGUCCGUAAUUGUUACUUCGUGAGUCACCACUGUCCAUGAAAUGUCCGUAGAAAAACUAAAUUACAUCUGUGUAUGUUGCCCUCAUUUACAGCAGAGUACAACCCUUGACACCAUUAGCCACUUCCCAUGCUUGCAGUGGAUGAGGAUGUGAAUAAUUGCGGCUUUAGCGUGUGUGUGUGGGUUGGGGUGAGAAAAAUGGAGAGAGGGUGUGUGUGUGUGGUAGUCUUUGAAAUUUAACGGUCAUGACAUGAUGACUGUCCUUGACUUCUGGAAGUCACGUGGUACGAGAUCAGCAGGUAGGACCCUCGCACUCAAGAUAUAUUUAUUUAUUACCUCAAAGGUGUCUUAAGCGACCUGAAGCAUGUACAAACGUGAAAUAUGUAACAGGAGUCACAGAAAAAAUACAGGUUUUGCUUUGAAAUGUGAAAGAUCGUGAGGAAAAGACCAGAUUAGUGAACGGGACAUCCUUGAGAGGAACAAAAAAGUCAAACCAUCUCCAUCUGAUGUCGACACCUGGACUGUGAUUUUAUUGUUCGUUUUGAAAAAAAAAAAAAAUCUUUCCAAGCACAAUUGAUAACAUCUCAGUAUUCCAGGUGAUUGCGUAGGUUGGUUUUCUUAUGAAAAUGACAGGUUGUCUUCUCUCUAUCUUUCAACCUCUCAUGAUUUAGGGCCACUUAGGGUCAUUUAUGAGAACUAGUACAAUAUUUAAUCCAUCUGACUACCUGUGUGUGUGUGAUUUAAUUUUACCCUCUCCGUGUUGGGGAGUCUUGCUGUGUUGGGUGUGUUGGUCACCCAAUUUGUAAAAGUCUGCGAUUUCUUUGAUAGGAAUUAUUACUUACCUCUUCCUUCUCUUUCUUCUUUUCUUCCCUCUCUACCCUGCGUGCGUGCGUCUGUUUUCUCUCCUUUUAUCUCUCUUGCAUGUAUUUCUGGUAAUAGUGUAUCAACAAAAUGUCCACCCCUUCCUGUCAAUGUGUUUAGAUGCAUUCUUUCCUGUCAUUCUGUGAAGGAAAUUCCUUCUCGGUUCUCUGUCCGCGCAGUUGAGUAUUUGUUAUCUUCUUUUAUUCCUGUCAUAUGCUAAAUUCUGGCUGCUGUCUGUGUCAGACAAGAGCCAAAGGAGGGAAGGGUUAAAAGAUAAAACAUGUUUUUACCAACAUGCCAUUGUCUCUCAUUAUCAAAUCCAUACUAUUACUUUAAAAGAAUUUUUUCUACGUUUAAACAGGCUUGGAAGCCAUGUUUUGUUCAGUUAAACCGAUGUCUUGUUCGCAAAAUACGUUUUGACUCUUGCAUCACUUUCCUCGUCCAUCUGCACAUCGCACAAGGAUGAAGAAUGGCGAGCAUCCUACACACCAGACACGAAGGGUUGUUUGUCAUAGACUAUCUACGGACUGGUAGAGCGAAAACCGUCUUCAAAGGACGUGGUGGGGCUUAAUUAAUUAAUAAAUUAAUUAAUUAAUACACCCGCCAGUUUCUCUCUGUAACCCCAACCCUGAGGGUAAAAAUCAUCAGAGAAACUGUCAGAAAUUCUCAGUAUGGACUGUUCAAAAAGUUGUCUGCCAUGCAACAUCUAUGGCUGACUUUUGUGCCAGACUUUUCUCGACCUCUGACCUUUCAUGAAUCGACUUUUCGUGACUUUCUGCUGAAGGGUGUGACUGGCCGUGGGAGGUCAUGUGGAACUCUGAGUGACCAACGACUCUCUGAUCAGAACGAAUUCAGUCAUCUAAGAAUCGAUCGUAAAGGGAUCGACGAUUUUCAUCUUUUGGGUCAUCAGGUGAGGAAAACCUGACUUGAGUUCAUUGAGUGGACAACAACAACAACAACAACAACAACAGCAGCAGCAGCACGACCACUGACAGAGUCCGUCACACCUUUGAUUCUCAGACUAGCACGUGAUCCUUUUUCUGCCAACUCACCUGUCUUUCAAGUCCGUGUGACACCUGCGUGACAGGUGGGUAGUCGGGCGUGAACUUCUUGAACUUCCUGAGUGUUGUCCAGAAAGGUCAAAGAGACACGUGAUGCGUGGAGAUAGGAGUAGGGAAUGAUGGGAUAAGUGGAACGAUGACAACGUCGAUGAAUGACCCUGUCAGCAGUUGCAGUCACGACGACGACGACGAUCCUCAAAUCAAUUGUAAUUCCGCCCUGGGUGAGUGAGUGCGCAUGCUUAGUGUAGCGUGACCAACUCCACACAGAGCUCCAUGCAGUCCACGGACCUCGCAGAGCUCCACAGGAAAACAAACAAACAAACUUGUGAGGAAAACACCUUUCUCAUAAACAAGAUUUUUCAACAGACCUUUCUGUUUUCGGAUGCUUCUGUGCUUGAAUUUGAGAUUUUUGUGGACGAGUCUGGAUAGUGUGUGAUUGACCACCACCACCAUCACCACCAACACCAACAACAACAACAACAAUCAGUAUGUUCACUUGUUAAGUUCUGUUCACAUGUUGCUGUGUUCAUGUUGAUUACAUCUGCUGUGAUCAUAACUAUCGUUGUAUUGCUAGCCUAAGCAGGUUUAAUUGUAGAAAGAUGAUGUAAUCAUGUACAGUUACCUAGCAUCUCUGUGUUCUUUUGUUGCCCUUAACGGAAUUUUUUUUAAUUUAUUUUGUACAUCCAGAAGAUAAGAUGCAAGUGUGAAGCGUUCAUACUAAGACUCAUAGUUAUCGGGAAUGCCAAAAAAAUGCAUUUGUUUUUAUUUUGGAAUGUUGUCAGUAUUGUUAUAAACCCUUUUUUUAAAAAAAGUUGGAAAGGUGUACAUAGUCACCAGCAUCUCUCGGGCACAGAAGAGGAUGUUUAACGAGAGCAUCUUAGAUGAAAGUGCCUGGACGCGCGUGCAUGCCUGCGUGCGAACGUGCGGAACAGACUUAGCUUGCCUUCUGGUGGGUCGGUGGAUCGGUUGGCCGCGCUUGGAUGAUGCUUGUCUUUCAUGUGACCUUACGGGUAGAUAAUGAUCGUGCUGGAAUUCUUUCUAGUGUUUCGUUGAGUGUCAUCUAGGGUAUCUUCCUUUCCAUUUCUUUUCCAUCCUUUCGCAGUCUUUUCACACACUUUCAUAUCGCCGUGAGAAUUCCCACCCGCCAGCUCCUCCUCCUCCCUUCUCAAAUUCCGAGGUAGUCGUGUCACCACUAGAGCAAUGUCACAUGGAAAUGAGACUUCAUUUUUGAAAUGAAAGAACUAAUGCAGUUCAAUAAUAAAAAAUAACAAGAAGAAAUGCAACGAUGACAGUUGAUGACAAAUAUGAGAAUACAUUGGCAGAGCAUCAUUGAAGAAGUGUCUCGCCUCACGAAUUCAUCGGUUAGUCGGCUUGUAGCAGAGCCAGCCAUGAUUUAUCCAUUAGUUCCAUCAUAUUAUCCAUCAGUAAUGCGUUCUCAACAACCACCACCACCACCACCACCAUCACAACCAUUCUACCCUUACUCCCCGCACAAGACUGGUGAGCUGAUAAAUAUUUUCUGUUAUUCUCGCUCAGUGCAGAAUGAUAACAGGAACUUCUUUGUUGAAUGACUGGAGUUGUUGUGUGCUAGCAUUUCUUACGCUGAUGUCUGUUUGAUUCCAGAUUAUCACCUCUACCUUCCUCCCCACCGAACCCUCCCCCUUUCCUCGGGGUGUUAGUUUGGACAAGGGGGCACUCCAUGAUUCGGUAGGUAAACAGCGAGGCUCCAGGCCACAGACUGUGCAAGUCAAUCAUUCUGAUAAUAGUUUACAAGGUAGUCUGAUAGCUAGAGUUAGCAUUCAGUUAAGACAUCUGUGCAUCCAGCCCUUGAUGGUUGUUAGUGCACUUGACUGCAGUGCAAAGGUCGCCGGUUCGAGACCUGGUCAGGUCUACGACUGGAAAAACACUCACCCCUUCUCCUCCAAUACUUUCUACCCCAAUAGCUGUUCAGCCAAAAAAAAUGGAAUUUACAAAUAUUUGCGGAAUGAGAGUUUGACUCUUUUGUCCACGUGCCCUAGACAAGUUAAACCACCUACUCUCGCUACCCGCUACGAGCCUGCGUGACUUGAGUUGUCUUCUCUGCAUUCUUCACGUGCCUCGCGAAUGAGUGAGGGAAGAUGCUCUUCCGGCCAGGAAAGUGAAUAAGGUUUUCCUCUCCUCCUUUUUAUCGCACGAUGUCCAAACUCUAUUGCAGUGGAUUUGGGACAAACAGUGUAUGUGGCCAGCAGUUUACAGACGCGAGGAUCACGGGUAAAAUCUUUGUCUGGGAGAAACCUAUAUCAGUCGAGCUGCAAGUAGCCCCCUAGGUUUCUACAUACAUAUUUGUCCACAAACCACUAUAAUAAUUUUUGCUUUGUUUGAGUUGUUGCUUUUUCACAUGCCUGAAUGAUUGGACAAAAAUAUUUGUCCAUUGAGCCUUCACGUGCGGUCUGGUUUUGCUACAAUCUUUGUCAUCUAGACCUUAUCGUCGCUGGACUGAUGAAACAGAGAAGCUUAUUUUGAAACACAAUUUUUUGUUUUAUUUUUCUUCGUAAGAUUUUUGUUUGUAUUUGUUGCAGGUAGUCAAAUUAAUUCUUGGAUCCCUUGUUGAAUUCCACUUAGCUGAACCAAAAAAAACAAAAUAUGUUGACUGUGAACCACACGACCACUCCCGGGGGAUCUGGUCUUUCGUCGGACCCCCAUAAAAACAUAAAAGCACGGUGCAGACCUUAGGUACAGAGUUGAAAUUCUUCGAUUGCUGGGUCCUUGACUCCUGGUGUCCCACCCAAUGGUGUGCUUGUUUCGUGCUUGCCUCAAUAAAAGCCACAUUGCAGCCAAGAGGACUUUUGAUAGCAGUCUACCACGCUCUCCAUUAAGCUCGGUCUGAAGUCCCGAGGAGGUCAGAUGCUGGUCGCGAGGCAUCAGGUAUGUCCGGUGAACUGAUGGGCGCGGAUGCGAUGGUGAAAUGAUCACAAAUACCUCAAAUACAUGCAGCACCUGGGAAACACUGUCGCCCUGUUCAUCAGAACCAGUCAGCGGUUAUUAUAGGAAGUUCGCUGUGAGUUAUGCUCCUUGGAAAUCAUCUCCCUUUCUCACCAUCAGAAGAGUUCAAAUGGAGCUAAAUAUAAUUAAUUUAUUUACGUAUUUAUUACAAAUUAUAGAGCAUUUAGAGAGUUGAGGACAGUCAUCAGAGUUCACUUCUUUAUGGAAGGAGGUUUGUCUCCCUCUUUUGUGUCAAGUUCUCUCCCUUACCCUCUCGAAAGCUUUUGUCUUGCGCACAUACCAAUUUUUCGAAUCUGUUGAGCAAGAAAUUACAUACCCAGACCCUUUUUGAAACUGUUUAUUCCCUUUAAGGUAUUUUUUAAAAAAAGGAAUUAAAGAUGACUUUAAAGAGGUUUUUUUAAACGAGUAGAAGGUCAACAUUUCAAGAUUUUUUUUUAAUAUAGAGGAUUGGGUAAUUAUUUUUCUUGACACAUUCUUUUUUAAACCCUGGAUUAACACAACUUGCGAUGUGAUGUAAGCCACAUUGUACACAGAAAAUAAGCAAUUCUUGUCGUGACAUAAACUACUCUCUCUCUCCGUCUUUUCCACCACCCUGAUCCCCAUCAGUUUGUUUUUUUCUUUUGUUUUUUUUUUCUUUCUUUCUUUCUUUCUUUCUUUUUUGAGACUUAAUCGGAGAGCUCGCCUUCUCACUUUUCACUUUCAAACGGCUUAUGCAAAAUCCGAUGACGUCACAAACUCGUUUUGGUGCUGCUGACGUCGGGCUUGUCAUUUGUUGGCAAAGAUCCAAAUCUGUAAGCAAGUCUAAUUAUAGCACGGGUACGUACUUCUAAGCAAUAAUUUUUAAUCCACCAAUGGUUCUCUCUUUUCGUUGCUGUUUUGGGGGUAUUUCUACGGUUCUUUUCCUUUUGUUGUUGUUGUGUUAUGGUUCUUUUUAACCGUUAGCUUUUGUUUGUGAACUUUGAUUUGUUAGAUUUCAAUCUGUUGGUCUGUAGUCAUUAUGUAACCAAAGACCGUUGCCUUCUACGAUUCUCGUAGCACCGGAUAUUUUAAUUCAGAAUAAAAUUUAUUCCUUUAUCUAUAGCAUUUUAAAUUUUUUUCUCUUCUUGGAUUUGUUUGUUUGUUUGUUCGGAGCUUAGCAUCCCAUAGUUGCCAGUGCAAUCAUUAUUCUUUUACAUUUCUGAAUGAGUUGAUUGGUAAAACUAAUUUCUUUCUUUGUUUUUUUUUUAUAUAUAUAUUCGAUUAGUUUGAUUAGUGUUAAUGAAUAUUUUGUGUACAGGUCUAUGUUAUUUUAUUUUUAUUAGGGAUUAUCUCGAUUUUUUUUAAGUGUCAAAGAUCAUCAAGUAUUUAUGAGAUGCGAUUAUCGUUCAUAAUUUUUUUUAACUAUUCAUUUGUUAUUUAUCCCUGAGAGAUACCAUUUUGUGAAAGACACGUUUAUAUUAUAACGGUGUUGACUGGAACAGAGAAAUUAGUUUUAAAGUCUCCUUGCCCCUGUGGGCCCUCCAGUAGUGCAACUGUUAAUGACGUCACGUGGAUCUCACGUCCUGGGUUCAGAUCUCGUCUCUGGCACGCUAAUUUUUUCUUUGCGUGCUUUGCAGCGAUAUCAUUUUCCUUUUCCCCCCACUUCCUCUGUUUUCAUGCUGUGAAACCUUUCUUCAACUCUUCUUUCUCUCUCUUAGUCGGCCAGCCAUUGUAGUUAUUUUCCUGGAAAGAAAGGAAGGCUUGGAAAAGGUUGGGGAGGGGAAGACUUGCAUCAUAAAUCACAAAAUAACGGGGUGUCCCAUGAAUGACGAUGUCCCAGCUGGUCUGGCCGUACCAACAGGUCAAAGUUUGACCUCCCGUUCGUCCAUUUUACACUUUACCCCUGUAGUUGCUACUCCCCUUCUUGUGAGAGUUUGGAAUUGAACUCGGGUGUCCGUCAAAGCCAGGAACAGACAAGGAGAAGUGUUAGUCCCCCAUAGAUACAUUUACACCCUGUGUUAUAUCUUCAUGUAUCGAUUGAUUGAUUUUCUCGGUAUCGCCACCCGUUUAAAAUCUUUACAUCCUGUGUCCUCCUCUCAUUGACAGGGUGGGAGAGGUAGAUGUCGGGGUUGUGAAAGGUGGAAAUACUGGGUCCUUGACAUUUGUUUAUUCAGAGUUUACUGGGGUCACUACAAAUUCAACUCCCAUCACCUUUCUUUUUCUCUCUCUCACUCUUUCUCUCACUCCACAGCAGACGAUACCCGUGCUGUAAACAUUGCUUCAUACCUUCUCAGACUUCAACCACCAACAGUCGUGUGAUUUGUACGUAGGAAAGUCGAGUGUCUUGCCUUUUACCUUCCAGCAUAAUCCUCGUUCUUAGCCUUUAAACAGUUAUCUUUUCUGUUACAAUUAAGUAUCGCCUUUAGACACCUUGUUCACAAUUAUGUUGCCAACGGUUACAAAUUAAUUAAAGGUGUGGUUGAGGAUGUGUGUGAGUGAGCUCCCGAGGCUGAAGUGUACUGAGAACAAUUUUCUUUCCCCACAGGUUAAUUAAUCAUAUUCAUUGUGUCCACUUUAGGCUGUAUGCAGAAGGUAUUAAUCCACGUCUACCUGUAUGGAGCUGUGUAGGCUUUCUUUGUCAGAGAGCUCUGUAUUCUUUCGUCUCUCUUUCCUUUUUUUUUUUUCGUGUCGGGAGCGAGGAAUGAGUAGCGUUUCAAGCUGCACAGAGAUUGUUAGUGCGAGAGUGGGUGUGUCUGUCAGCAACCAGUUGUGUACAGUUUCAUGAAAUAAAGUUUAGUCAGUUGAUUUCAAA